AAGCGCCUCCCUCCCUCCCUCUCGCUCAGAGCGAAGGCCAGGCGCUUCGGACUCACUUCGCCAGCUGAGGAGGCCAUGGGGAGCCUGAAGGAAGAGCUGCUGAAGCCCAUCUGGCACGCCUUCACCGCCCUCGACGUGGACCGAAGCGGAAAGGUCUCCAAGUCCCAGCUCAAGGUUCUUUCUCACAAUUUGUGCACACUGCUGAAUGUUCCACACGAUCCAGUGGCUUUAGAAGAGCAUUUUAGAGAUGAUGACGAAGGGCCUGUUUCCAAUCAAGGGUAUAUGCCUUAUUUAAACCGAUUCAUCUUGGAAAAGGUUCAAGGAACUUUUGACAAAGUAGAAUUCAACAAAAUGUGUUGGACAUUGUGUGCCAGAAAGAACCUCACAAGAAACACCUUGCUCCUUACUGAUGAUGAUGCUUUUAAGGUGUGGGUCAUCUUCAAUUUCUUAUCUGAGGAUAAGUACCCACUAGUCAUUGUACCAGAAGAGAUUGAAUACUUGCUAAAGAAGCUGACAGAAGCAAUGGGAUUAGGCUGGCACCAGGAACAGUUUGAACAUUACAAGAUCAGCCUGGAUGCUAAUGGGAAAGGCCUUUCUGCCUGGGAACUGAUUGAGCUCAUUGGAAGUGGACGGUUUAGCAAAGGGAUGGAUAGACAGACAGUAUCUAUGGCAAUUAAUGAAGUCUUCAAUGAACUUAUAUUGGAUGUAUUGAAACAGGGUUAUAUGUGGAAGAAAGGCCACAGGCGGAAAAACUGGACAGAACGUUGGUUUGUUUUAAAACCCAAUAUUAUAUCAUACUAUGUGAGUGAAGAUUUAAAAGACAAAAGAGGCGAUAUAGCACUGAAUGGCAACUGUACUGUAGAGGCCUUACCUGACAAAGAUGGAAAGAAAUGUUUGUUCCUUAUAAACAGUUUUGAGAAAUGUUUUGAGAUUAGUGCAUCUGAUAAGAAAAAGAAACAGGAGUGGAUUCAUGCCAUUCAGACAACUAUAAAUCUGUUACGAUUAAAUAGCCCACCACCUCACAAGGAGGCACGACAGAAACGGAAGGAGUUACGUCAGAAGCUUCAGGCGGAACAAGAGGAACUGGAGAGGCAAAUGAAAGAGCUCCAAAUGGCAAAUGAGAACAAGCAGAAGGAACUGGAGACAGUCCGAAAGCAACUGGAAGAAGCUGCAGCUCGAGCUUCAGAGGAAGAGAAGAAGCGUCUGCAAACUCAAAUGGAAUUGCAGGAUCGAUUUAGCCUUGAACUGGAGAGAGAGAAAACGGUAAGGCAGCAGAUGGAAGAACAGGUUGCCCAGAAGUCCUCUGAACUUGAACAGUAUCUAUUGAGAGUAAAGGAACUAGAGGAAAUGUAUAAGCAGCUACAGGAUGCCUUGGAAGAUGAGAAACAGGCACGCCAAGAUGAGGAGACUGUCAGGAGACUUCAGGCCAGGCUACUGGAAGAAGAGUCUGCAAAAAGAGCAGAGCUGGAGAAAUGGCACUUAGAGCAGCAACAGACCAUUCAAGUGACUGAAGCAGAGAAGCAAGAGCUGGAAAACCAGAGAAUGAUGAAAGAACGUGCUCUUCAAGUUGCCAUGCAACAAUUAGAACAACUGGAAGUGGACAGGAAGCAAGCACUUGAGCAAUACGAGGAAGUGAAAAAGAAACUGGAAGUAGCGGCAAACAAGACCAAGAGUUGGAAAGACAAAGUAGCUCACCAUGAAGGGUUAAUUCGAUUGAUUGAACCAGGUUCCAAGAAUCCUCACAUGAUCACAAAUUGGGGACCAGCGGCUUUCACUGAAGCUGAGCUUGAGCAAAGAGAAAAGAGCUGGAAGGGGAAAAGGAGCACUUCUGAGCAAUGAAAACAGCUGGUGUAUUUUAGAUACAGAGAAGAAACUGAUUUGUUAAAUGAAAUCACCUGGACUCAUUUAUUAUGAACUGUUGAAAGUUCUCAUAAACAAAUUCAACUGGAUGACAAAAUAUGAUGUGUCUAUAGCACAUUUUUUGUCUAGUGCAUUUUCAGGCACACAAACAGUGAGUGUAAAUCACACAAGAAUUGGGGUGAAGUGGUAAUCAAGAUAGCCAGACAUCUUUGUUCAUUGUUUGGAAUAAAUUAUGGCUAUCAAGGAAAUGUGCAUGUUCUCAUUUCAGUUGUGCUUUUUGAAACACAAAGGCUGUUGUGGGACAGAAUGAGCAUAUCUACACACUAAUGCUUAACCUGUUUGUUAAAUUUUGGAGUUUUGUUGCUGGUUGGUACAUUCCAUAGUCUCAUAGAGCAAAACAGCAACCUGUUUACUGUGUGGCUGAAAUGCCCUUGGAUUCCUUUCUCAUAGAGAUAUGGGAUGCGAUCUCAGGAAAACAAAUGAAAUUGCAGUUUCUGAAUCUUUGUUAGCAUGAAAAGGAGAAAAAUUAUGAAUUGUGUGUGAAUAAAUAGUACAGGUUGAGCAUUACUUAUCUGAAAUGCUUAAGAUCAAAAGUGUUCAAUGUUUGGGAUUUUUCCAGAUCUUGAAAUAUUUGCCCACACACACACACACACACACACACACACACACACACACACACACAUAUAUAUAUAUAUAUAUAUAUAUAUAUAUAUAUAUAUAUAUAUAUAGAUAGAUGGGGAUCCAACCUAAACACAUAUUCAUUUAUGUUCCAUAUAUACCUUAUAUGCAUAGCAUGAAGGUAAUUUUAUCCACAAUAUUUUUAAGUCUGUGUACAUUGAAUUAUCAGAAAGCAAAGGUGUCAUUAUCUCAGCCACCCAUGUGGAUAAGUUUUGAUUUUGAAGUACAGUAGAGUCUCACUUAUCCAAACCUCGCUUAUCCAAGCUUCUGGAUUAUCCAAGCCAUUUUUGUAGUCAAUGUUUUCAAUAUAUCGUGAUAUUUUGGUGCUAAAUUUGUAAAUACAGUAAUUACAACAUAACAUUACUGCAUAUUGAAUUACUUUUUCUGUUCAAUUUGUUGUAUAACAUGAUGCUUUGGUGCUUAACCUAAUUUGAUGUUUAAUAGGCUUUUCCUCAAUCCCUCCUUAUUAUCCAAGAUAUUCGCUUAUCCAAGCUUCUGCCGGCCCGUUUAGCUUGGAUAAGUGAGACUCUACUGUAUUUCAGAUUUCAGAAUUCUGGAUAAUUGUUGCUCAACCUGUACGUUAAACAUCCCAAAGGCCAACCUUUGAUUACUGUUCAUUGAAUAUCUAUUGACAAGUGAUAAAAAUAUGUGAAAUGUUAAGAAAUACAAACAUUCUCUUUGACAAAAAAUAGGCUUUCUCAAUAUUUUGGCAGCCUUUUUUUUAGAAAAUCAUGUUUACAGAUUCCAGUGUAGGAUUCAGUGCUGGACUGCUUCCAAGAGAACAGUAGAAUUUAGCUGUCAGUGGGAGGCAUCAAUCCUCCCAUGUGUGUGUACCCCACCCAUUCACUUCAGCAAUAGCCCCACAGGGCUUCGGGAAUAAUUCUUGGGCAGCUCCAAGGGCAUUGGGGACAGACCUUCUGCUGUUCUGACAUUGUACAGCACUAGGAUUUGGGCCUGUAUCUUAACCCUUGUAAUAUGAACUCUGUGCCUUUAAAAUGUUGUCAAAUAAUUGCUUUUUUUUUUUUGCAGAAUAUUUACUUCGUGUUUUUUGGGGAAUUUUUUUUAUGCAUUUUACUGCUUACUCUCUGUAAAUGUUACACUUGCAAAAGAUUGAAAUGGUGGGCUGGGAAUUGUGCUCCCUUGUGUUUUCUGUGUUAGGUGUUAGGCAGCAGGUGUUAGGUGUAGUGCAGUAAACCUUUCAGAACAACCAUUGUGCCUUAAAAACAGUAAAAAAAAACCUUUUACUCUUGGGACACAGGUUUUUCCUCAUUACAGCAGGGUGGACUGUGGUCAUUCAGACCUUCAUUAUCUAGCAAAAAGAAAAAAAAGAGAGAGAAAUAUUUGUUCUGGAAGCAUCUAUGAACAGUCAUUUGCCUUUUAAAUAGGUCACGGGGGCCCCUUCCACUCUUAGCAUCAAAAAUACCUCCCUCCCAAUAAGAAGUGGCUAGAAGUCCAUUUCUGUUUUCUCUUUUUUGUAGCGCUAGCAGAUUCCCAGAGUCAUAAGACUGAUUCCCCCACUAACCAUUGUGAUUGUUUACCUUACCUUUGGUUUAUGCUCCAGAAUGUAGUUUUCCCAGAAGAAUGGGCAGGUAACUGUGCAACUGCAGGAUAGCAGCUAAUUCUACUCUUCCGGCUCCCAGAUUUCACCCUGUCCUUUACUCAGUGAGCAAGUGCUCUCUCUGCUUUCUGGAAAAUAGUAAUGUUUUUGAAAUUAUUUCUCCUCUGCUCAAGCCUGAACUUCAUUAUGAAGUCUUAGACUAUUCCUAACUCAUCCCUUGAGAUAGUGUUGUUGGCAUUUUUAUUGCAUUUUAAAACAGAUUUACAUGAGAAGUAAAACAGAAACGUUAACAUUGUUUACAUAGGACACAAGUUUUGUUGUUAUAAUAGAUCUUGAAAGAAAAAGGAGUACAAAAUGAAAAUGUAUCUGUACUUCAAUAUAUUAUUAUCAAUUUGUUGCUCAUUUAGUGGCAUAACGAUGAGAAUUAGUGUUUCCCAGGAUUUGCUUAUUCUGGACAUGGAAUGGUGAAAGCAUCUAAUAUGAUGUGUUAAUUUUUCUAAUAGUCCUAUCCAUAGAUAACUAACAUGGUGUGGUGGUUUGAACGUUGGGUUAUGACUCUAGAGACCACAGGUCAAUUCCCCACUUGGCUAUGGAAACCUACUGGUGGGUGACCUUGGGCGAGUCACACACUCUCAGACUUGGAAAACACUAUAAUAGGUUCCCCAUAAGUCAGAAAUGACUUGAAGGCACACAACAACAACAACAACAACAACUUCUUCCUUUUGUACAAUUUGUCUUUUGCUGAAUGAAAAGGUUAUCUAACGUGCUCCAAAUAUCAAAAAAUCAACAUUCCUACACGAUGUAUACUUGGGAGUAAGCACUACUGAAUAUAGUGAUUCUUCUUCUGAAUGAAUGUGCCUUAGGCAUUGGCUGAAAGGGAAGGAAUGCUCUGGGAUGUGUAGUGUAAAAACUUGACUUUUUAAAGCUCUGUUUAUACUAUGAGGCAGUGAAGUACUUAUUUAAUGUGUUAAUUAACUGUUCUUUUUCAAACUUGAGUAUUUUCCCACAAAGGCCUAAAUAUUAGUACAGUUAAUAACUACUAAACUGUUUUGCAAAUACUUGUAAAAUUAACUUUUGCAGAUUUGAAUAUAGAAUAGUAUUACUGAAUUUUCUGUAUUGUAUGAAAUGUUGCAUCCUUGAAAAGAUGUCAUAUGAUUUGAACUUGCGCUCAUAAAGGUCAUUGUGCACACUGCAGUUUCCAUUCAUUUGAUUGGUUAGUAGGGCAAAGUUGUUAAUAGUAUAUUUCAUUAAUCCAGGAUUAUUGUAUUACACUGACCAACAUAUAUUUUAGUGCCUCAAAUGUUAGCCCUGUUUGUGGGUAUAUUUGAUGUGCUGAAUCCAAAAAUGGCACUGGUUUCUUCCUAUCAGCUCUAGUUUUUGAGAUACAAAUCAUAUGUCAUAUACCAGUCACCAUCCUUUUGCUUCUAGAAAACCAUGAUAACCAUAUCUAAGAAACUAGCACUGAUGCAGUCUAUCCAAUGCAGUUUUCUGAAUUGGCGUCCCAAGUAAUCCCAGGACAGCCCAAAAAACCAAGACACCAAGAAAUGAGUUUUGGGGGUUGUGCUAUAAAAAAAAGUCAAGUCGAUGAUCAUAGAUUGGAACAAGAAGAUUUCUCGAUAUAAUAAAACUUUGUUUCAUGAGUAUUUAAACUGGAAAAUUCAGGGAGUAUAUGUGAAGCCUAAAGCAGAACAAAGCACCAGACUGACUGUUGUAGAUAGGUAAAGGUAAAGGUUUUCCCCUGACGUAAAGUCCAGUCGUGACCGACUGUGGGGGUUGUGCUCAUCUCCAUUUCUAAGCCGAGGAGCCGGCGUUGUCCGUAGACACCUCCAAGGUCAUGUGGCCAGCAUGACUGCAUGGAGCGCCGUUACUUUCCCACCGGAGCAGUACCUAUUGAUCUACUCACAUUUGCAUAUUUUCGAACUGCUAGGUUGGCAGGAGCUGGGGCUAACAGUGGGCGCUCACUCUGCUCCCGGGAUUUGAACCUGGGACCUUUCGGUCUGCAAGUUUAGCACACUGCAGCAUGGCAGUUUUAUAGGCAAAAAUUGUGCCACAGGUUCCAUAUAGCACUCCAAAAUGAUUUAAAGGCUUUUAAUUUUCUCUGUAAAAGCAUUUUCUGAGUCACAUUUUUGGAUUUCCCCAGUGUGUUCUUUGUGCUGCCCUAAGUUAGUUUAGGCUGCCUGUUAACUUUGGAGCCUGAGCAUAUUUCACUGAGCAAACUGACCUUUGCUUUAUCUUGUUUUAUUCUGCACUCCAGCCAAUUCCAGCUCCUUUAUUUGCCAGGUACUUGUCAAAUCUUUAUGUAUAAGAGAAUUGUUAAACAAAUUAAAAAUGUUAAAAGAAAGUAUUCCUACUAUUGGGGUUUCCCCCCUAUAUGUUGUCUCUGGAUGUAGAUUUAGGUAGCUUCUGGGUCAAACAAAGGCUAAAUCGCUGGAUUUGAAGGAACCAAGAGCUUCUGCCCAGGCUCCUGACAUUGCCUAGUUUUCAGGUUUAUUCAUCUGCCCCUGAUAACUGCAUUCCUUGAAAAAUUUGGAGGGUUAAUUUGAAAAUAUAUGAACCUCCUCUGUUAUUUUCUAAAGGUGAGACCAACAUAUCACACUUUUUAUCAGGACAUUAAGGAAUAUAUCAUUCAUAUUUUUAAAAUUGUGUGCAGGUUGCACUAAAUAAAUCUUAUAGACUUUUUUUAUUUUUUGGGUAAAACCAGUGUGUUUAUUACUGCAAAAGUUAAAAAAAUUCUGAUUAUUGCUGUAUAUCAUAAAUCCCAGUUCACUAAUAAUAGUAGUUAAAUUAUUUGGGAGAUUUUGAAUAUGUUUUUGUCAUAGUAGUGUUUUUUUUUAAUUUCAUUUAGUCUUGUAUUAUUUUUUACUUUAGUAUUUAUACAUCAAAUUGUUUUUAAAAAACACCCUCUGGUCUUUUCAUUUGGAUAUACCGUAAGUCUCUCAUGCAAAAUCCCUUAGGAGUUAAUGAUCUAUGCAGUGAUAAUGUUGUCUAAAUUGAGAUUCCGAUUAUUUGUAGGUUUUUCAAAGAAACAAAAGAAAAAACUUAUCUCCAUUGGGUUGUUUAUAUGUGUGGUGUCUGUUUACUUAACUGAAAAACUUUUGUUUGUGAAAUGGUUCCACAAAAUGUUAUAUACGUGUAAAGAAAUUCAAUUUCUCACAUUUCUAGGUUUGCUGUAAACUGCCGCCAAGUCACUCUGUCAUUACUCAGGCUUUGCAAAAUCAGGGCUGUGUCCGAAGUCUCUUUUCCUAUUGCUGUCUGCUUUACGAAGCAUUAUUGUCUUUUCUAGUGAGUCAUGUGUUCUCAUGAUAUGUCCAGAAUACAACACUUGGUUUAAUCAUCUUGGCUUCUAGGAAGAGCUCAGGUUUGAUUUGCUUUAGAACCCAUUCAUUUGUCAUUUUAGCAGCCCACAGCACUUGUAGGGCUCUUCUAGAGCACCACAUUUCAAAUGAAUUGUCUUUCCAUUAGAUUUCCUUACUGCCGAGCUUUCAUAACCAUACAUAGAAACAGUUUCUAGUUGCUGCAUAUUAAAUAUUGCUUGUUUUUAUGCUCCUGACAUGUUUAUAUAUUUCUGACUUUAUUUACACCAACAAUACUAGCAUUGUUGCAUUGGUCAUCUGAUUAUUUUGAUACUGUCCAAACAGCAAGUAAACUGUUAAAUUGCAUUGGGUAAACUUUGAUAUUUUGCUAACUACCAUUGUGUUCUAAAACCUUGUACUAGUGAUUUAUGUUUUCAAAUGUACUGUUUUGUUUGUACUGGAAAAUAUAUUAAAAUGAACUUUAACUUCUA